UUCCAUUCCCUUCCCUGCCCGGCCCAGCACAGAGACUCCGCCUGACGCCGAGCCCGACUCUCCGCGGCGCAGCGCGCAGGCGCGCCGGGGACCUCGGUCACGUGACCCGGCGGGCCUGGCAGAAGGCGCGGGGAUGGGGGAGGAGACGAACCCGAUCAGUGUGAUCCUGGUCAGCUCCGGCAGCAGGGGCAACAAGCUGCUCUUCCGAUACCCCUUCCAGCGCCACCAGGAGCAGCAGGAGGAGCAGACCAGCAAGCCCAGGAGUCCCUAUGCAUUGCACAGCACGGCAGAGAGCACAGAAGACCAAGAUGGAGACUCCAGGUUCUCCGAUGUUAUCCUGGCCACCAUCCUGGCCACCAAGUCGGACAUGUGUGGCAAGAAGUUCGAGCUGAAGAUCGACAAUGUGCGCUUUGUGGGGCACCCGACCUUGUUGCAGCAUCCGCUCGGAUUCCAGGUCUCCAAGCUGGAUCCGUCCCCAAAGCGUGAGAUGCCAACCAUGAUCCUCUUCAAUGUGGUGUUUGCCCUGCGGGUGAACGCUGACCCUUCGGUCAUCAGCUGCAUGCACACCUUGUCACGGCGGAUCGCGGUGGUGCUGCAGCAUGAGGAGCGGCGGUGCCAGUACCUGACCCGCGAGGCCAAGCUGAUGCUGGCCAUCCAGGACGAGGUGUCCGCCAUGUCCGAUGGCAACGGUUCUCAGUCACCCUUCCACCACAUCCUGCCCAAGUGCAAGCUGGCGGCUGACCUGAAGCAGGCCUUUGACAGCCUCUGCACCACAGGCAUCGUCCACCUGCACAUCAACAACUGGCUGGAACUCAGCUUCUGCCUCCCGCACAAGAUCCACCGCGUCGGCCCGGACUACAUCCCCCCGGACGCCAUCGAGCGCAGCCUCAAGGCCAUCCGACCGUACCACGCCUUGCUGCUGCUGGAUGAGGAGAAGUCGCUGCUGAGCCAGCUGCCUGUGGACUGCUCCCCGGCCCUGGUGCGGAUCAUCAAGACCACGUCUGCCAUGAAGAACCUUCAGCAGCUCGCCCAGGAUGCUGACCUGGCCUUGUUGCAGGUCUUCCAGCUGGCUGCCCACCUGGUGUACUGGGGCAAGGCCAUCGUCAUCUUCCCGCUUUGUGAGAACAACUUCUACAUGCUCUCUCCCGAUGCCAACAUCUGUGUGUAUUCUCCCCUCGCUGAACAGUUUUCCCAGCAGUUUCCUGGGAGCAACCUCCUCGGUGUGCUCUCCAAAUUCUCGCUGCCGACCUCUCUCUCGCAGUUCAAGAACCCGCUGGCACCGCCCAUGCAGGAGGCCCAGCUGGUACAGAUGGUGAUCUGGAUGCUCCAACACUGCCUGCUGAUCCAGCUGCACACCUACGUCUGCCUGAUGGUCCCUCCCAGUGAGACCGCCGGCCGCGAGGAGGACAAGCUGCUGCCCGCUCGCGUGGGGGGCCGGAGCCUCAGCGCCCCCAAUGCCCUGAGCUUUGGCUCGCCAACCAGCAGCGACGACAUGACCCUGACCAGCCCCAGUAUGGAUAACUCCAGCGCCGAGCUGAUCCCUGGGGGCGACUCCCCCCUCAACAAGCGCAUGACGGAGAGCCUGCUGGCCAGUCUGUCGGACCACGAGAGGAAGGUGAUCCAGAACAUUCCAGCUGCCCAGAACCCUGAGGACCUGCGCAUGCUGGCCAAACUCCUGCACUACUUCCGUGGACGUCACCACCUGGAGGAGAUCAUGUACAACGAGAACAUGCGGCGCUCGGUCCUGCUGACGCUGAUCGACAAGUUCCGCAGUGUGCUGGUGCUGAGAAACCACGAAGACCCAAUCAUCUCAGUCUUCCAAUCUCCCUUUGUGUGAAGGUGGGCGAGGACCAGCCGCCGGCCCCGGGACCUUCCCAACCACUCCUGUGGUGGCCUGGAGUCAGUCGGACUGGAACAGUGUUUGCCUGUGUUGGUGGGUGAUGAUCUGGGAACAACAGGCGGCUUGGUACUGUGGACAGACGCUGUUGACCCAGGAGUGUGCAGAGGGAGCUUCACCCUGUCCACCCAUCCUGCACUGUACAGCACUGAUGGAAAGUAGCUGACAUUCAUCCUCAGAUCUAUUUCAGCUGCUCUCUGAGAUCUCGCUGAGUGCAUCAGAGAACUGACAGCACCUCCCACUGUGUCAGUCAUUGGUAAUUUUGAAUAAGAUUCAGCUGCA